GCUUAGCUUCCGUUACCUUGUUUGUACCGCGAUAUGUGGCUUCCACCGUGUUCGCGUUAUACUUGUGUGCUCCAACAUUUGAGCAAAAUGAUGAAACCUCGAAAUUGUAACGUUCAAGACUUGCUCUCAAAUGUAUGAAGUUGAGAGCCUACCUAUGGAGAGCGUCAUUACGCGCCGGUCCUGUAGAUGGUAGCACGUGGCGAUCUCUCCCUCUCGAUGUUAUAACAGAAGAAGACACUUUAUCAACAGUGCUUCAGAGCUCAGGUGGUGUUUGUAAUGAAGACGUAAUGGUACAGAUAUCAUCCUCGCAGCAGGUCGUCAUGGCCUUCACCGCCGUGCUGCUGGUAUUCGUGCUGUUUCCGCGCAUGUUCAGCGGCGGCGGUGGGAGAGAGAGUCCGUCAUUCGACCCGCGGAUGAGCCGGAGAGGGCCCGGUCCGGGUCUUGGUUCUGGUGCCGUGAAGAACCCGCCGCAGUUCCACACGAACGGGCAAUCUGUGAAAUCACAGAGUGUGGAGAACGUCCAUCAGAUGAAGAAACUGAUGGAGCAGGAGAUGAAGAGUGACAAGUCCAAUAACAACAAGGGUUACGUCUUCACCCUCAUGCCCAUCUACGCAAUCAGUGUGGGACUCUUUGCAGCAUACAAAUUUCUAAAGAUCAAGUCUGCAAACGACUCUGAAGCUCAAAAGGCUAAAACAGAUCAAGGUGUGAAGAAAUCUGCAGAGACGGAGAAUCAGCUGAAUGAACUGGAGCAGCGGUUGGCUCAAACGGAGAAGAUGCUGAACUCCAUAUUGACCCAGCUGGACCCGCUUACAAACUGUGUGAAGUCUGUUGCCAUGGAGCAGAAAAGCGAGAUCAUGUCGCAGCUGCAGUGCAUUCGGCAGCUAAUGAAGAAGAGGGGAAUGGAGUUUCCAAACAUCAAAAUAGAAGAACCGGCAUGUCAAGGUAAUCUGGAUGAUCUCAUAGACCCUCUGAUUGAUGCAGAAACUGCAGAAGAAUCAGAAACGCACGCUGAAACAGAGUCAAAUGAUCAGAGAUCACUCCCACCUGACACAGAGGGGCAGAAGAGGAUUGAAGAAGAGGAGGGUGAACAUGAAAUGGAGGAGGAGGUGGCAGAUGCGGGCCAUGAGAGUGACUCCAGUAUGCCCUCCCUCGAGGACUCUGGUGAAAUCACUGUAGAUGAUGUCACCAUCGUUCAGAAAGUCCCAGACGAUCUGACUGGUGGAUUACGAAGACGCUAUAGGCCGGAGUAACUGACCAGAGUCGCAUAUCAAUCUAUUUAUAUAUUUUAUUUAUUUAUUUACUUGUAGUAUGAAGGGUCUGAUGAGGCUCUCUUCAUGGGUUUAAAGGUUUUCCAUCAACAUAUUUUGCAGACACGUUUGUAUUUUAAAGUCUGCAUAAAAUAAAAAUUUGACCCUUUAA